UCCCCCAGAUUGUGAUCAUCGUUGUAGGUGUCAUUCCCCACCUCCGGGUUCUAGCUUCUUGGGCUCAGGGACGAGGACUUACUCUUCUUGGUGCACUUUCCCAGCCUGCUCAGUGUUGCUGAAUGACCCAUUCAGUAGACUUGACAAUCAGGAAAUCCGCUCCUGAGACGCUCAACUUUGUUCUAGGCCAGACACACAUUGAGCAACUUGCAUCUUAAGGAAGAGAAAAUCAAACCAGAUGCCAAUGGUGCUGUUGUCAAGAGCAAUGCUAAUGCAGAGAAGACAGAUGAAGAAGAGAAAGAGGACAGAGCCGCCCAGUCCUUACUCAACAAGCUGAUCAGAAGCAACCUUGUCGAUAACACAAACCAAGUGGAAGUCCUGCAGCGGGACCCAAACUCCCCCCUCUACUCAGUGAAGUCCUUUGAGGAGCUUCGGCUGAAACCACAGCUUCUCCAGGGAGUCUAUGCCAUGGGCUUCAACCGUCCAUCCAAGAUACAAGAGAAUGCCUUGCCUUUGAUGCUUGCUGAGCCCCCACAGAACCUGAUAGCCCAGUCUCAGUCUGGUACUGGCAAAACAGCAGCCUUUGUGUUGGCCAUGCUCAGUCAAGUAGAACCUGCAAACAGAUACCCCCAGUGUUUGUGCCUCUCCCCAACCUAUGAGCUCGCCCUUCAGACAGGAAAAGUGAUUGAGCAGAUGGGCAAAUUUUACCCUGAAUUGAAGCUGGCUUAUGCUGUUCGAGGCAAUAAAUUGGAAAGAGGUCAGAAGAUCAGUGAGCAGAUUGUCAUUGGCACCCCUGGGACCGUCCUGGACUGGUGCUCCAAGCUCAAGUUCAUUGACCCCAAGAAGAUCAAGGUGUUUGUUCUGGAUGAGGCUGACGUGAUGAUAGCUACCCAGGGACACCAAGAUCAGAGCAUCCGCAUCCAGAGGAUGUUGCCCCGGAACUGCCAGAUGCUGCUUUUCUCUGCCACCUUUGAAGAUUCUGUGUGGAAAUUUGCCCAGAAAGUGGUCCCAGAACCAAACAUCAUCAAACUGAAGCGCGAGGAGGAGACGCUGGACACCAUCAAGCAGUACUACGUCCUGUGCAAUAACAGAGAUGAGAAGUUCCAGGCCUUGUGUAACCUCUAUGGGGCCAUCACCAUCGCUCAAGCCAUGAUCUUCUGCCACACCCGCAAAACAGCUAGUUGGUUGGCAGCAGAGCUCUCAAAAGAAGGCCACCAGGUGGCUCUGCUGAGCGGUGAAAUGAUGGUGGAGCAGAGGGCUGCGGUGAUCGAGCGCUUCCGAGAGGGCAAAGAGAAGGUUCUGGUGACCACCAACGUGUGUGCCCGAGGUAUCGACGUGGAGCAGGUGUCUGUCGUCAUCAACUUUGACCUCCCCGUGGACAAGGAUGGGAACCCGGAUAACGAGACCUACCUGCACCGCAUCGGGCGCACUGGCCGCUUUGGCAAGAGGGGCCUGGCCGUGAACAUGGUGGACAGCAAGCACAGCAUGAACAUUCUCAACAGAAUCCAGGAGCAUUUCAAUAAGAAAAUAGAAAGAUUGGACACAGAUGACUUGGACGAGAUUGAGAAAAUAGCCAACUGAGAAUCCCCACCGGUCACCGGUUCCCGCCCGUGACGCCCCCUGCACGGGACACUAGUGCUUUCAUGGCGCAGGCCUGGACAGUCACCACAAAGAUGAAGGCACAAGUAGAGAGAAACUACCUACCUCACUUCAAAUUACGUUUGGACUUGACAAAAAUUGUGCAAAUGAUGGGGGAAGGUAGAAAAAAAAUGUUUACACAACUUUGAAGAUUAGGCGUGAAUACACAGAAAUUUACCUUUUGGAAAUU